GAGGCGGGGCCGGCGGCCCGGAGGGAGCCGGAGCGGACCGGGAGCGGAGUCGGAGCAGUCGGCGGCGAUGUCGGUGCAGGUGGCGGUGGCCGCGCCCGCCGUGGAGCUGAAGGAGCUCGGCGGCCCCAUGGACAAGGCGGCGGGGCCGCCGUGCGAGCCUGUGGGCGCUCACGCAGCGGGGCACGGCGUGGCGGCGGCGGCGCCCGCCUGCCCCGUGCCGGGCGCCGAGCGUGAAGCGGCCCCGGCCCCCUCCGCCGAGCGGCCUCCGGGGGGCGGCUGCCCCGGGCUGUCCUCGGCCGCCGCGAUGUCCUCGGCCUCCGGGAUGUCCUCGGCCGCCGGCAAGGUGCCGCAGGCUUCGGCCAUGAAGAGGAGCGACCCGCACCACCCCCAGCAGCCCCGGCACCGCGACGGCAGCGACAGCAGCGGCAGCGCGGCCGAGGCGCUCGUGAGCCCCGACGGCACCGUCACCGAGGCGCCGCGCACCGUCAAGAAGAUCCAGUUUGCUGACCAAAAGCAGGAGUUCAACAAGCGCCCGACCAAGAUCGGCCGCCGGUCGCUGUCGCGCUCCAUCUCGCAGUCCUCGACAGACAGCUACAGCUCAGCUGCCUCCUGCACGGACAGCUCCGACGAUGAGACCUCGCCCAGGGACAAGCAGCAGAAGAACUCCAAGGGCAGCAGCGACUUCUGCGUCAAGAACAUCAAACAGGCCGAGUUCGGGCGCCGCGAGAUCGAGAUCGCCGAGCAGGAGAUGCCGGCGCUGAUGGCUCUGAGGAAGAGAGCUCAGGGGGAGAAGCCCCUGGCUGGGGCCAAGAUCGUGGGCUGCACUCACAUCACAGCACAGACAGCGGUGCUGAUGGAGACGCUGGGGGCGCUGGGCGCUCAGUGCCGCUGGGCCGCCUGCAACAUCUACUCCACCCUCAACGAGGUGGCGGCGGCGCUGGCCGAGAGCGGGUUCCCAGUGUUUGCCUGGAAGGGCGAAUCCGAGGACGAUUUCUGGUGGUGCAUCGACCGCUGCGUCAACGUCGAGGGCUGGCAGCCCAACAUGAUCCUGGAUGAUGGGGGAGAUCUCACCCACUGGAUCUACAAGAAAUACCCCAACAUGUUCAAGAAGAUCAAGGGCAUCGUGGAGGAGAGCGUCACCGGGGUGCACAGGCUGUACCAGCUCUCCAAGGCGGGGAAGCUCUGCGUGCCAGCCAUGAACGUCAACGACUCCGUCACCAAGCAGAAGUUUGACAACCUCUACUGCUGCAGGGAAUCCAUCCUGGAUGGCCUGAAGAGGACAACAGACAUGAUGUUUGGCGGGAAGCAGGUGGUGGUGUGUGGCUAUGGGGAGGUGGGCAAGGGCUGCUGUGCUGCCCUCAAGGCCAUGGGCUCCAUCGUCUACGUCACCGAGAUCGACCCCAUCUGUGCCCUGCAGGCCUGCAUGGACGGGUUCCGGCUGGUGAAGCUCAAUGAGGUCAUCAGGCAGGUGGACAUCGUCAUCACCUGCACAGGGAACAAGAACGUGGUGACCAGGGAACAUCUGGACAGGAUGAAGAACAGCUGCAUUGUCUGCAACAUGGGACACUCCAACACCGAGAUCGACGUGGCCAGCCUGCGCACGCCCGAGCUCACCUGGGAGCGGGUGAGGUCCCAGGUGGAUCACGUCAUCUGGCCCGAUGGCAAGAGGAUCGUGCUGCUGGCAGAGGGCCGCCUGCUGAACCUGAGCUGCUCCACCGUGCCCACCUUCGUCCUGUCCAUCACGGCCACCACCCAGGCCCUGGCUCUGAUAGAGCUCUACAACGCUCCCGAGGGCCGCUACAAGCAGGACGUGUACUUGCUGCCUAAAAAAAUGGACGAGUACGUGGCCAGCCUGCACCUGCCCACCUUCGACGCGCACCUGACGGAGCUGACGGACGAGCAGGCCAAGUACCUGGGGCUCAACAAGAACGGACCCUUCAAACCCAACUACUACAGGUACUGAGUUCCUGCCGCCGCGUCCCGGAGAAUCGCGAGGAGCCGCCGCAAGCACCCGAGUCUUUCUCAACUACUGUACAGGAUGAAACCGCGCAAGCUUCCCACGCUAGAGCCGGGCUUGCUGCCAUAGUCGACAGUGUGUUUUAGGUUAUUUAUUUAUUAAAUUAGAAUACUGUUCAUGUGGCCUCUGCCACUGGUGUUCGUCCUGCCGCGGGACUGGGAGACGCUGGAUUUUCUUUCCGUUCCUUUCAUUUUUCUCUUUGGGUUCGUUCUUUUUCGGGGCUGGGAGGACGGGGAAGGCGAGGAGGAAGCUGCUGGAAUCGAGCUGUGGAAUGUUCCCUUAUCCCUGCUCACCCCCCGCUCGGUGGGACCCGGCCUGGGAGUCGCUUUUGGUUUCCUCCACACCCCCCAGCGCUUCUCCAGCCCGGCAGCAGCCGGGGGAUCUCCGGCUCUUUGACACCAGAGCCGGGAUCCUCCUUGGCUCCAGGCCGGGAGCCGCCUCGGCAAUCUGGCUGGAGAAGCCUCUCGGUGUGCCCAGCUGGGGAACCUCGCCUUAGCACUGCCCGGAGCUGUGCCCGGGGACAGCCCCGAGCGCGGAGGAGCCGGCGCCGCUCCCCGGGCACAGCCCCGCUCGCUUUCCUGCUGCUGUCGUUCCGAGUGCCAACCUCUCUGGAUCAACCAAAGUCGUGUUCCCAGCGCUGCUGGAAGGGCCUCGCCCACCGAUGCUGCUGCUGCUGCCGCGCCGGCGGCUCUGCCACACCACGCUGGGAGGAGCCAGGUCCCUCUCCAGCUGAAUUUCAGUCCCCAUUGGAAACCUUGGGAGUUUUAUUUUCUGGUCGUACUUGUGUGAAUCUGGAAUUCCCCUUUGGAAUGUAUGAGGCGUCCGCCGGAGUGACCCCCGCGGGUUCUGUGCCAGCAGAGAGAGCUCAGCACCACUAAAACCCUGCGGUCACCUCGACGGGUCAGAGCUGAUGGAGAGUAAAUUUGCCAGAGUUCCCUGUUUUAUGUCCCAGCUGAGCGCAGGACAGCGUGACCCUUAGCAAGGUGACUUCCCAAGGGUCUGAGCGGAGUCACUUCUGUCCCUCACGUGGAGAACGUGAUCCUUCUGACAUGGAGCCUCUGUCCUCCCCGUUGGUGCCCGCCUCUCUCAUCAGCUGCAGAUCCGUGCUUUCUCCUCCUGGGCUUCUUUGCCAUCAUGGAGAACUUUUUUGUGGCAGCUCGUUCACGCACAAGGAAGGGAAAACGGAGGAAUUACGGCCUCAAGUCCCUCCCACGGCUCUCAGGAGAUUUGGAGGCAGGUUGGCCACAAGUCGCUCAUCUCCAGAGCAAACGUUCCCAUGUGCCGGCUGAUUCCAAGUUUCUCUUUGAAAUCUCUCAGAAUCAGGAAGGAAAGCCUUGAGAAGAGCUUGAGGAAACCUUGAGGAGACCUUGGGAAGGCGUCAGGGCUUUGUGAAGGCCUUGAGGAGACCUUCAGGCCUUGAGAAGCUUCCAGUAGACUGAUUGCUAAGCACAGACUCAGAAUGAUCUCUGCUCGUUCAUUUUACCCAGAUCCUGAGAUUUUUUGGGAAGAAUCCCCUGAGCAAUUUGAACCAUCCCACGCAGGUGUUUCUCCCCGGGCUGGAUCCUGGUCUGUGUCAGGCCCUGCUGUUCUCUGGGAGCGUGGGAGCCGCUCCUGGCCCAGGUGAGACGUGGCCGUGGGGUCCCUGGGGCAGAGCAGCUUUGGGAAGAACAGGAAUCCCUUCCCAACCCAGGCACAGCCACUUCCCCCUGGAAAAGCUCCUUUUGGAAAAGCUCCUUUUGGAAAAGCCCCUUUUGGAAAAGCCCCUUUCAUCCCAACCCCUCUGAUCCCCAGAGCCGCGUCCUGCCCGUGCCUGCUCUGCACAGCCCCGAUCCCUUCGUGCUCCCUUUAUCUUCCAGGUAGAUAGGAAGGGGAAAAAAAAAAAAAAUAAAUAUAUAUAUUAAUACUGAAAUCCCAACUGGCUUUUCCCACCUCGAUUUUUAAAGCUCUUCUCCAUGUUCUGCUUCUCCUGUAAAAGCUUUUUGGCUCGCUUGGCUUUUUUCCUAAUCAACCUGGAAUCAUAUCUUAUGAUCAUCUCUAAAUUAAACGUGUAAUGGGGUUUGGUUUCUUUCAUCUUUUUUUUUUUUUAAUGUAACACAUUUUUCAAGACUUAGGAAAAAAGAGAUUUUAGGUAACACCAGCAAAAUCGCAUAAAGGAAAUUAAUUCUGUUCUGAACUUUAGAGAUAAUAAUAAGACAAAACUCGUCAUCAGCAGUGAGGAAACGAAAACGUCGCAACCGUAACAUUUCAGAAGGAUGUUUUAAAUAUUAAUGUCUGAGUGAUUGUAUUAGAUCAGCAAUAAAGACUCUGUAAUCUCGAAACACAAAUAAAACAUUGGAAAACUC